GUUCCAUUUCACCACCAGUUGUUGUGUGGUUGCUGAACGGUCUAGGCAUGUUUGGGAUCUUAUUCUGCUGUGUCGGGUCCUAGUAUGAUGAAGUGCAGUUGAUGAUUUUUUUUAGCAGAGGUCGAAUUGACUAGCUUAUUAGCGUUCAUGGGAACUGUGUUAUAAAUUCUUAUUGGGAUUAUCAGGUGCUGGUGUGUCGUUGAACGAAAAGAAAAAAGAAGUUAUCAGAAAGUAAGUUUCCGUGGCAGGAAAAAUCAAGUGUCCUUCGUAAUAAUUGACAGUGGUUUGUGGUAUAAUUUACUGUUAUAUUCAAGUGCGGUUAAGCAGCGAAUUGUUUUUGUGAUAGAAGUGAUCGUCACCAAUUUGUCUCCUCUGGGAUAGUCAGCGUACAAAGAAGAAAACGUUAAAAUACGUGUAAUAAGCGCACAGCAUAUAGUGAGCUUUUUGGUGCGGGUAACUUUACAAACACCAUAAAAAAGUAGCCCACGAAGGAUUUUUCUGAGCGGUUGGAAUUUCUGCUAAUCCAUCUGUCGUAGUGUUCAUAGCGGUUUGGAUCGGGUUAAACUAUGAUGUAGUAAAGGCGGCCUCAAAGAAGCUGAUGACUCUGCAUUUCGCUGUAAAGAUCAUGUGAUCGACGUCAGUGUCUGCCUUUGCUGAUGCGCUAGAUUUACCGGGUGCGCGUUGGUGUAUGCGUUAACCCGAACCAUGGCGCUGCGAUUACGCAAGGAUGUUCAGAAGGCAUCCUAUUACGUGUGGUUUCUCGGAGCACAGGAAGCCAAAGGACUCCGAGGUUCACGGGUUCUCUUGCCGAUAAUCCCAAGGCUGAUCGAGAAGUCCAAGGAACAUGAACCACUCAAGAUUACCUUGCAAAUUUCCCACAAGGGAUUGAAGAUUAUCCAGGGUUCGGCCAAACAUUUCAUCCCCCACGGUGCUAUAACUUGUUCUGUUCAGGCAGAGGAUAUUGUAGCGUGCAUACUGUUGCUGUACAACCCGGCCACCAAGUGUCCUCUUCACGUGCACGCAUAUCGGUGCGACUCGGAGGCAACCGCUCAGGCCCUGAACGACCAGCUGCAGAUACUGAUCAAUAGGCCCGACAAUCAGAAACGGUUCGCCGAGCUAGAAACUAGAUUGGGUUUACCAGCGCAAUUAGCAACAUCGGUGGUAGCUGUGGCUCCAGAAAGAAAGCAAUCGAAGCAGCAGAUGCCGAGACGAUUCGAUUCGCCACGUAGAUUUGAUUCAUCCCACGGAAGCGACACCGGUACUAGUACUCGGGAGUCAGAGUGUAGUGAGGAGCAGCAACACUCCCCGUCCAGUCCUUUAUCACCAAUUUCUUGCCAGUCUAAGUUAUACGACUCAUUGGCCGCGGAGCUGCGGGAAAAGCUGAGUGGAGGCGUUCCUUUACUGCUACCGGCCAAGGAUUGUGAUAAAUCAACUGGAAACGAUUCGAGGAGAUGUCGAAAUCCUUGCAUCGUUGGAUCUGUAACAUCGGUUGGUAAUAAGCAAGGAGUAUCGUCACGUGGGUCAUCUGGCAUCGGAUCCGAUUUGGCACCAAGCCCAGAGCGGCAGGAUGCUCAUAGCUCUAGCGAAGAAGAAUGGGUGAAUGAACCAGAAGCUUCUUUAGUUAGUUCGUCACAUCAACGUGUUUCGAAUACCAGAGCAAAGGAGAAAUACUUGGAAGAGCCAAUGUCACGCAUUAGCAAGUAUCGUGAUCCUCCAACAACUUAUUUGUAUCCGAACGUACGACAAGAUAAGAUAGAUGGUAGAUUCCAGCGUUCUUCCAGUAGAGAAGAAGAUAACAGUCUCCGUGGAUCUGUCAAUUCUCGUGAGGAGGAAGUGAAACCUAUUAUCACCAAACAAACUUCUUUGCAUGGUCGUUUCCGAGAUGCAUUCAACGCUGAUCAAUACGCGGUCGAAGAUCGCAAAAAGAAAAUCACCAUCGAUGAGAAGCGCUACGAGCAAGAGGAUUUUCGAAGAAAAUCCAACCAUUCCGACAGAUAUCACGUGAACGAACAAGAAGAAAACUAUCACUUCAAGAAGUUAUCGCCAACCGGAAAGUACUACGAUGGAUAUGAUCACGAUAAAAUUCAUUAUCGAGAGAACCUUACUGAUCGCCAAAAGUAUCGAGAAAUCAUUUCCGAAAGUUCGAAAUAUUGCGAUGCGUCUCCCAAGCGGGUGGGAUAUCGAGACGAAUAUAGAGAGUAUUCCCCUGAAAGAAUACAUGGUAGAGGCAAAUACUCACCGAAUUAUGAUGAUCAUCGAGAUUUCAAGAUUGAACGUGAGUUCCGCGAACGUGAUCAUCCACGAACGUCGUCGGGCAGAGAACAUCACUUCGUGCGGGAUGAUAGUCCUGAUGAUCGGUACAGAGCGGGAUUCAAUGAUCGUAGACCGUAUAGAGAAAACGAACCGGUUGGUGGCCCAGAUCCAGUUGAUAAGAAUGGCAAAUUGCCAAUGACACGCUAUAAAUCUUCAGAGGAAUCCAAACGUAUUCGGGAUAGGUAUGAUGAUCGAUGGGAACGUCAGCCCAUGUAUCCGGAAGACAAUGUCGGGGAUGAUAAAUAUCGAGAUGUUGCUCCUCGUUAUCGUGAAGAUAUCAGACAGUCUCCCGUUAUGAAGAAAGCUGAAACCCGAAUGAAGACAGUUGAAAUCAAAACCAGCUCACCAGAAUCUACGAUUCGUAAAAUAUCACCAAAAGAUAGGUUCCAAAAUGCUAAAGAAAAGUUCCAACAAAUGGAACGUGAUCGACACGAGCAGGAACGCAUCGAACGCGAACGUCAAGAACGUGAACAAAUGCUUCAUGCAAAGCGAGUCGCUGAGGCUCCUCGGAGAAGUUCCCUCGAAGCGGUUGUCGUGAGUUCGCGUGACAGCAACGAUUGGAGCUCUGAUGAGGAAGAAAUUUCGCCAAGAGGACAUCCCCGGUCAACCAAUAGUGCUGGCUAUCGUGAGAUAGAUACCAGCGAUCGCUAUCCGGUGUUGGAACACGAAUCGAUGCCAGCUCGUGUAAUGCCAGCCAAAAGCCUUGGAAAUCUGAACAAAGGUUAUCGCCAUAGCUACGCAGAGCCAAGGCCACCGCCAGUUUCCCGAAGCAGUGGUCGAGUUGGGUUGGCUGCGGUUAAUCCAUAUUAAAUACACCAUAGCUUCAUCUGCAGAUACUCAUGUAAAAACGGUGUGGUUACAUUGAUCUGUUGGCCGACUGUAAUAUAAAUGUGCUUAAUUAUCCAAUGCAGGGUGCACUGCUGCUGCCCUUGCAACAGAUUGAACUACAUAGCGAAAACUAUAUAGCCCGUGCUCACGUAGAAUAAUGGAAUACUUGCAUGUUUUGAAGUGCCUUAUAGCAAUAAUCAGAUAAUAAAUUUAAACGUGUCUGCUGUAAACCUGGAUGUAUUGACAAUAAAUGAUUGAGAAGAAAA